UACCUUCGUCCAGCGUGCGCGGCGCGCCGUCGAUGUCUCUCUUCGUCCUUCGCAACAUAGUCAGUAUACUGUAAUUCGAAACGUGCCCGUACAUGUACUCACAUGUUAAUGGUAUGGGAGUUUCGAAUGUUCCACGGAUUGUGCAAUGCUUUGUGGGAAAGCGAGCCGGCAAACGCCGCGCACCAGCAACCGGAACGCUUGCCGGAGGAAGGAGCGUUCAAGCAGAGUCUCCUACGACGCAACCCUCUCCAUGAUCGGGCUGGGAGCCCGAUGGAUGAUGAAAGUCGAAGCAGCAGAAUGCUACAUCUUUAUAACGACGCUGCGGUGACCCAAUAAUUUGGACCAGUCACAUUGUCGCGCUUCUU